AUGCAAGUGCAGGCUGAGAACACCUUCUCCGUCCUGUGCUACAACGUCGCCGGCCUGCCGGCGAUUCUCUCCAGCGGAAACCCGGAGGCCAACAGCCUCGAAAUGGGCCGGCGCAUCAGCGACUGGGACAUCGUCAACGUGCAGGAGGACUUCAACUACCAUUCCUUCAUCUACAAGGAGAACACGCAGAAGUACCGCACGGCCACGAGCGGCGGCGUGCCGUUCGGAAGCGGCCUCAACACGCUCUCCCGCCUCCCGUUCAGCGUCUUGGGCCUCGAGCGCGUCCGAUGGGCCGAGUGCAGCAACGACGAGAGCGCCGACUGCAUGACGCCCAAGGGGUUCACGCUGCAGGGCGUGCAACUGGCGGACGGAGUGACCAUCGACGUGUACAACCUCCACGCGGACGCCGGCACUUCCCAGACGGACCAGAAGGCGCGCGCGUCCAACCUGCAGCAGUUGGGUGACUACAUCAAGGAGAACUCGGCCGGCAACGCCGUUAUCGUCAUGGGCGACACCAACACGCGCUACACUCGCUCGCUCGACACGAUCGCCGAGUUCGUGGCUGAGCAAAACCUCACCGAUGGCUGGAUCGAGUACGUCCGCAAGGGGUCCCUCCCUAAGAAGGGCGGCGACGCCAUACUGUGCGACGCCACAAACAUGACCAACAAGUGCGAGGUCGUGGACAAGAUCAUGUACCGGAGCGGCAAGUACGUUUCGCUGACGCUGGACAAGUGGAACAACGAGAACGAGGCCUUCCUCGACAAAAACGGCAAGCAGCUGUCGGACCACCCGCCCAUUGCCUCGACCUUCUCGUGGUCCGUGAGCCCCGACUUCAACCUGAGCAACGCCGUCGGCGGCCCGCACGGCACCUUCUUCACGGACCUCGCUCUGGCUGAGCCCGGACAAACUGUGAGCUCCGUUACGAUUCGCGGUGACAGGCGCGUUGACGCCGUGACGCUCGAGGUGUCGGACCCCACGGAGAGUACGCUCUCUCACGGCGGAACUGGCGGCACCCCCAAGAAGCUGGCGCUCCGGUCGGGCGAGUACAUUACGAGCAUGGAGGUUCACACGGGAAAGAAGGACGAGCGCACGUGCGUCUUCUACCUCAAGCUCGGCACCAGCAAGGGCCGAGCGAUCGCGGGCGGAACCCCGACGGACGACAAGGCCAAGGUGACCGCGCCCAAGGGUUUCCAGCUGAACGGCUUCCACGGCCGCGCGGGCGAGACAGGAAUCAACGGCAUCGGUGCCAUCUUCACGAAAAUCUCGAGCGACGGCGCUGCUAAGCAGACUCAAUCUGAGAAGCAGGCGUAG